AUGGCAACCGCGGUUGAAGCCAUUCGCGUGAUCCCUCCGGAUGACGAUGACCUGUAUUCUGGUUACAAUGAAUUUCACCCGUCAUUGGACACAAAUAGCUUGGUGCAAGACGAGGGAUUUCAGCAGGCUGUGGAGACUAGCUAUGGACGAAGACCACCGACAACCACAACUGGCAGACUACAAGUCGGAUAUGUCGGGACAAGCAUCGGGAUGCGUGGACAGACUUCUGCGGCACCGCCGUCUCGCCUGGGCACAGGCAGGCAGCCUGGGUUGGCCCGCCCUAUGACUGCUGUCAGAGGUGCAGGGUAUUCCUCGGCAGGAGGAAGGGCGCAAGCAGGUAUAUUCGAUCCUUCGACCCAAGCUAAGGCAAUCGUCUCACCACUACAAAAAGAGAAUGCAAGUCCCGAAGAUCGUAUCAGGUUGAUGGAGAAGGCAGUCAUCGAGAUUGUCGAGGAGAGUUGCAUCUUAGCGUCAAAGCAAGAUUAUAAACGGGCCCUUGAAAAGGCCAAAGAGGGCCACGUAAAAGAGAAAGCACUGUCCAGGCAGCGCGAGCAACAGGCAACGGAUAUGGCUGCAAACCUUGAUCUCAUGUACUGCGUGCAGUUCAACCUCGCAGUUCAGUACACCAGGAACGAAAUGUACAACGAAGCUCUCAACACUUACCAAGUUAUCGUCAAAAACAAAGCGUUCUCAAACGUCGGCCGGCUCAAGGUGAAUAUGGGCAAUAUAUAUUUUCAACAAGGCAACUAUCCACGUGCAAUCAAGUUCUAUCGCAUGGCCUUGGACCAAGUUCCGAAUACACACAAGGAUAUGAGGAUCAAGAUAAUGAAGAACAUUGGCUUGGCCUUUGUCCGAAUGACACAAAUUGCAGACGCUAUAACUUCCUUUGAGUACAUCAUGGCUGAGAAGGCGGAUUUCCGGUCAGCCCUUCACCUCAUUAUCUGCCAAUACGCACUUGGGGAUCGCGACAAGACGAAGCGUUGCUUCCUGAAGCUUCUCGACGUUCCGUUAGAGCACGCUGAUGAGGACAAGUAUACAGCUCCGUCAGACGACCCUCAAGCGAACUUGUAUUUUGAGGCCAUCAGGAACGACGCAUUACAAAAGAUUGAACAGAGAAGAAAACAGGAGGCCGAGUGGAGCAUCCUGACAGCAGCCAAGCUGAUCGCUCCGGUCAUUAGCAGUUCUUUCUCCGAGGGCUACGAGUGGUGCGUGGAACAGAUCAAAGCAUCUCCAUAUGCAGAAAUCGCAAACGACCUCGAGAUUAGCAAAGCGGUCACGUACCUACGGAAACGUGAAUUUGCACAGGCGAUUGAAACGCUAAAAAUGUUUGAAAAGAAAGACACUAAGGUGGCCAGUACAGCAGCAACUAACCUAUCCUUCCUGUAUUUCUUGCAAAACGACGUAGCUCAAGCUGACAAAUAUGCUGAGCAAGCCAUCAUGGCCGACAGAUACAAUGCCGGGGCCCUGGUUAACAAGGGUAACUGCUGUUUUGCCAACAAUCAACUGGAACGUGCUGUACAGUACUACAGAGAGAGCCUCGCGACCGAAGCCAGCUGCGUAGAAGCUCUUUACAACUUAGGGGUAACAUACCAAAAGCUUGGAACAUUGGAAGAGGCCUUAGAGUGUUUCUACAAACUACGGGCCAUUAUCACGACUUACCCUCAGGUUGUGUACCAGAUUGGAAGGACCUACGAACUUAUGAAGGACAUGGACCAAGCAAUGGAAUGGUACCAGCAGCUGGUGACCUUGAUGCCCACAGAUCCACACCUGCUGGCGAAGAUAGGGGAGAUGUGCGACUUGCAAGGAGACAAACAGAUGGCCUUCCAAUACCACUCAGAUUCCUAUAGGUACUUCCCGUCCAACAUCGAGAUCAUAGAAUGGCUUGGAGCAUAUUACAUUGAGACCCAGCUAUUUGAGAAGGCUGCCAAAUACUUCGAGAGGGCGGCCGUUAUCCAGCCGAAUCAAGUCAAGUGGCAGCUCAUGGUAGCCAGCUGCCACAGGAGAAGUGGAAGUUAUCAGAAUGCCCUCCAGACAUAUAAGGAUAUCCACAGAAAGUUUCCGGAGAAUACAGAAUGUCUGAGAUUCCUGGUGAGGCUUACGAGCGACAUGGGCCUUGCCGAUGCAGAGGAGUAUGCGGUAAGGCUCAGAAAAGCUGAAAAGGCUAAAGAGCUCAGGGAACAGAGGUCAAAUAGUGGCAGCAGGAGCGGCAGUCGGAGAGGAAGCAGCAGACUGUCACGGGAGAGCUCUGCAAACAGCAAUAUGUCUGGAAGUGAACAGCCAGUACGAAAUAUGAAGACACAAGGAACACCGUCUGCAAGAUCUCAAGGGAGCAACCGCCUCCACAUACCAGUAUUGGAAGGCGACGAGUCAUAUGAAACUACACAAAAAGCGAUAGAUGCAUCGUACGAAGACCCCCUUGGACCACUGGAGCAACGACCACGAACCGCUGCACGCAGAAGGGAUGUUGCCGCAGACGAUGAAUUCGAUAAUGAAGUACUAGGGGAGGACCUGCUUCCUGAAUAGUAGGCAUGAACGAACAUGCUCGGAUCAGCGUGAGGGAAAAGGUGAAACCUUAUACUGCCGUGCGCAUUUUAGCACAGAAUAAAACUCAUUUCUG